AUGACACUCCAAAGAUUUCAAAAGAUUUCUAGAUGUCUACAUGUAAAUGACAAUAAACAGAUGCCCAGAAGAGGUGAAACAGGUUUCGACAAACUUUAUAAAAUUCGCCCACUACUAGAUCAAAUAAACCAGAGGUGUCAAAAUAAUGGCCGAAAUACAAGAUCUCAGUCCAUUGACGAAUCAAUGGUAAAGUUCAAGGGACACAGUGCGCUAAAACAGUAUAUGCUCCUCAAACCUGUCAAGCGCGGUUACAAAAUUUGGGCUAGAGCAGAUAGCAAGACUGGGUAUUUGUUUCACUUCCAAGUCUAUACUGGUAAAGGAGACAAUGUGGAAACUGGUCUAGGAAGUAGUGUGGUAAAAACUCUAGCUCAACCACUUAUCGAUGAAGGUUGCUCAGCUCAUAUUAGCUUUGACAACUUUUUUAGUAGUUAUGACCUUCUUCAGUAUUUAUACGACCAUGGCAUAUACAGUACAGCAACAGCGAGAAAUGACAGAUUGGGAAUGCCUGUUUUAGUAAAGAAACCUACUGGUCUAAGAAAUUGCGACGAAAUCAUGAAGAGGCAAAAUAAAAAACUGAAACAACUACAAAAAGGGCAGUACAAGUGGCGAGUUCGGAACAACGUAGGGUUUUCGAUCUGGAAGGACACAAAAUUAGUGACCAUUAUGAGUACAGUCUUUCACCCGAAAGAAGAGGCUACAUGUCAACGUACACAAAAGGAUGGAAGCAAAAGACCUUUUCCCUGUCCACGCUCAGUUGUAGAGUACUCGAAGCGAAUGGGCGGGGUUGAUAAAUUUGAUCAGCAAAAAGCCACUUAUGAUGUCGCUCGUCGAAGCAAGAAAUGGUGGAAGCGGUUGUUUUUUUUUCUUGUUCGACGUAGCGAUCACAAAUGCGCAUAUAUUGUACUCAAAGAAUUCAAGAGUACACAAUCCCAUGAGCCAAAAGAUGUUCAGGCUUACUCUUGCCAGAGAACUAGUAAACAAUUUGACAUUUCAGAAACGAAAAUUUUCAACAGCUCCUAA